GAACAUGCAUUCCCAUAAAAAACUUGAAUGUGAAACCUACCGCUUCUUUGGCUUUUACGUGGGAUGAUUUAAAACCAAAUCAACUUAAUAAUUGGAAUCCAGAAUUACUUGUAUAUGGCUAUACAGUCUUAAACAUGUCUACAUAUUUCGACAACAUACCAAAUUACAACGAUGGAAUUGUUCCAGAUUCUGCACUAUCUUUUGUAAAUAAUAAACUUUUCGAGGUCUUAUAUACCAAUCAGACUAGUGGUAAACCUCGUAGUAAGGACAUUUCUUGGCUUGUUUCGUAUAACAAUAAAUUUCAAGAUGCCAUCUCGUGUAUCUUAUCGCGAUAUCAAGCUGGUGUUGUCUUCACUCAAACUACCGGUUUUACUUUUUCCAAGAAGCUGAUUGAAGUAUCCGACUCUGGGGAAAUGCUCGGUGAUCCUCUUUACACUAUAAUAUUGGUGACUGCUUAUUCUGAAGAUAAAAAUUCUUUACAAACAACGUUAGAUAGCUUAGUAAAAACUGAUUAUAGUGAUGACCACAAGUUAUUUUUUAUUGUUGCAGAUGGAAUGAUCAAAG